CGCGCCGCUGUUCAGUAUUCAGCCGUACUCUGUUCCGACAUCACCCCAUUGCGCAUACUGUUCAAAGCACUUACACACGCGCGCGCGCGUGCUGUUCAUCUCGCAUACCUGCUAGCAGCUGCACGACUCGGCGGUCACAGCGAACAGAACACGGCUCCGAACAGCUCGCCGGACAGGCGUGCACGGUCCCGAACAAGUACACCGCGGUGCAGAUGACACACCGGAACGUUCCCGAACACCACACACUCGGCGGCGGCCACCGUCGAUAAUCUUAUCGCAUCCUAUCUCUACCAUUGUCUUCGUCGCGGUCGCGCUAGCCGUAUCGCAAUCGCUUUUACUGCCGGUAAUAUGUGGACUCCGGUAACAACUACAAGCGACAGUAGCGUUCCGCCGACAAGAUCCAAACAUAGCGCUGCUGUUCAUGGCAACCACAUUUAUGUGGUCGGUGGUCGGAAUGGAAAUUGGCCUCUAAAAGACAUAUGGAGAUACGCUCUGUCAAAUAACACCUGGGAACAGUUGCAUCCGACAGGAGAUACAUUGCAGAAUUUGCAAGAACACACGGCAGUCGUUUAUCAAGACAAAGUCUACGUAUUCGGCGGAGAAGUGGGAUUUUCAUCCGCCUCCGAGUCUCCACUAUGGUCCUACAGUAUUAAGGAGAAUCAAUGGAAAAAAGUUAAAAGUAAAUCCGGUUCAAAUAUACCUAAAGGUAGAAGAGGACAUACAGCAUUGGUUUACAGGAAUUCAAUGAUUAUUUACGGAGGAUACAGGGACUUAAAAGGAUCUACAAAUGAAAUGUGGGCAUUUCACUUCGAUACCGAGUCGUGGCAUUUGCUUUCUCAAGGAAGAGUAUUACCACCAGCCAGGCAUAAACAUUCAGCAGUUAUACACGACGAUGUAAUGUGGGUGUAUGGUGGUAUGACCGAUUUACACGAAAGAUCAGAUUUGUGGCGAUUUGAUUUUGUGAGAAAAAAAUGGAGUGUCUUGAAGACCAAAGUAAAUCCCGGGACGUUGCAUGGCCAUAGUGCUUCUAAAGUGAUGGGUUCUAUGAUUAUAUUUGGCGGAAAAAAAGCAGGGCAGAUUAGUAAUGACUUGUGGAAGUUUUAUUUCGGCGCCGAGACAUGGGAAAAAGUGCACACGGCCUACCCGCAACCACCGGCUAUCUGCGAGGCGGUGACGUUGGCCGUGUCGGAGACGAUGACGACAACGACCGGCAAGGGCGGCCGGGAGAAUGGCGUGCAAUCGCCCAUAGCGGGUCGGCGGUCCAGGAGUGGACGGUCCGCAGACCGGCAGCAUAACGGCGGCGACCGGGAUCUGGGUGGCUUCCCGCACCAGUGGCCUCACCAGUGCCGGCCCGAGUCCAGGGCGUCAUCGUCGAGCGGCUCGAACGUGAACAUCUUGAAAGAGAUAUCGAAGCUGUCGCAGCUCAACCUGUACCGGCUGGCGCACAACAAGACGUACAGCGUGCUGAGUAGCACGGACAGCGUGGUGUCCGCGGACGCCUCGCAUCAGCAGCACCUGCAGCAGUACCAUCACCAGCAGCAGCAGCAGCAGCAGCAGCAACAGCAUCAGCAGCAGAACAUGGUCAAGUCACAGUCGGCGAAUGUGAUAGCCAGGUCGCUCAUAUCGCCGGUGGUGUCGAACGCGUCGCCGCCCGGCUACAAGUCGUCGUUUCCAGCGCCCAGGAUGCCGCGGGACCCGAUGUCCGUGCCCAACUUCGGCGUUGCUCUGACCCCAGUCGAAGCCACCAAGCUUGUGUACCUGGAAGGCGAAGAGGCGCCCAGCCCGCGUGUUGAGAUCGACCACGACUUCGGGUCCGUACACAUGCGGUUCCACCCGAACGGACCGUCGUGCGCGUCCUCGUCGCUGAACAAAACGCUCAACCGCCGCAGUUACCCGAUGACUAGCUCGGCGUCCGCACGGUUCGGCAACCCGUAUAGCACGCCCGAGGAACCGGGCGAAAUCACCUCCGGUUAUGUCAGCAUCGAGACAGUGCACCAGUCGCCCAACGGUGACGGGCCCAUGUGCUUUUCCAACCCUAACUACAUGGUGGCCGACAUACAAAACGCUAUUUCCAAAGGUGACUAUGUCAAGCUGAACAGCCCGCCGGAUAGCCUGCUGGAGGAUAGUGACAACGCUUUCGAAAUGCGCGAGAUAAACCGGCCGGUUCCGCCCAAGACGUUGGCGCUAAACUCGUCGACAGCGUUCAACUCAAGCUCGGACGUGCGGUCCACGGCGAAACCGACGCGGUCCUCGAGCGCCGGACGGGCUCCGAUGUUUGGCGGCCGUGGUGGUGGCGGCGAACACCAAGUCAAGGAGUACGCGGUGUACCUGCUGGGCGGAACGGAACGCGACGGUUCCGUGACCGUGUUUAAGAAGCCCAUGACCAUGUGGAAGCUCAGCAUGUUCUUCAGGAACGUGCAGUGA